CUAGAACGACAAUAAACUCUGCGCGACGAUAGAGAAGUGAAGAGAUGGCCACCCUGGAAGAGUUGAGCAAGGGCUUGCCCCUCGAUCCACUGCCGCCCUUCCGUCCCAGAGACCCUAACCUGCCCCAUGCUCCUAACAGGAAACACACCCUCACUUUGCAGCAGAAAAAGCUGGCCCUACGAAAUGCCCUCCGCUAUUUUCCGUCUCGAUUGCACGCCAAGCUGGCUCACGAGUUCAACGAAGAACUCAAAUCCUACGGGCACAUUUACAUGUACCGGUUCCGUCCGUCGAUUCCGAUGAGAGCUUACCCAAUAUCUGAGUACCCGGCUCGCAGCAAGGCCGGCGCCGCGAUGAUGCUCAUGAUGAUGAACAAUUUAGACCCUCAAAUCGCGCAAUACCCUGAGGAACUUGUGACUUACGGUGGAAAUGGCCAGGUCCUGUCGAACUGGGCGCAGUUCCGCAUCUUGUGCAGCUACCUCUGCCAGAUGGACGAUGAGCAGACGCUGUCGCUGUACUCUGGGCACCCGAUGGGCCUUUUCCCGAGCCGGGGCCCUCUGAGUCCAAGGGCGGUGAUCACCAACGGACUGGUGAUUCCGUCGCAGGGCCAUUGCCGCGGCCAGUACGACAAUCUGUUCGCGCUGGGCGUCAGCCAGUACGGCCAAAUGACGGCCGGUAGCUUCUGCUACAUCGGGCCUCAGGGCAUCGUCCAUGGCACCACCAUCACCGUGGUCAACGCCGGACGCAAGUACCUCGGCCGCGAGAGCCUGGCCGGCGUCGUCUAUAUAACUUCCGGACUUGGGGGCAUGAGCGGCGCUCAAGCCAAGGCGGCAGUCAUCGCUGGCUGCGUCGGGGUCGUCGCUGAGCUGGAUGAGAAUGCUCUUAAGAAACGACACGCUCAGGGUUGGCUAACGGAGAUUGAAGACGACUUGGACAGGCUGAUUGAGAAAAUCCGCACCGCAAAAGCGAAAAAGAAGGCUGUCAGUAUUGGCUACUUGGGAAACGUAGUUUCCCUUUGGGAAAAGCUGGCCGAGGUGCAUCAGCAAACUGGAGAGAUUCUCGCGGAACUAGGCUCGGAUCAGACCUCUCUGCAUGACCCCUAUGGGGGCGGAUACUGGCCAGUUCAAAUGCCUCAAUCAGAAUCAAAGAAGCUUUUGGUCGAGGACCCGGCAAAUUUUAAAGGUUUAGUGGAGGAAUCUUUGCGGCGCCAAGUGACAGCGAUCAACUACCUAGCCGAAAAAGCCAAUUUAAAUUUCUGGGACUACGGUAAUGCGUUUCUGCUGGAGGCGAGUCGAGCUGGUGCUCCGGUCGAUGGACCUGAUGGAUUCAGAUAUCCGUCCUACGUUCAGCACAUCAUGGGCGACGUUUUUUCCCUUGGUUUCGGGCCAUUCCGCUGGGUUUGCUGCUCGGGAGACCCCGAUGACCUGCGUGCGACAGACGCGAUUGCCAAACGCGUGAUGGAAGCCGCGCUGGAAAGUGAACAGGACGAACCUGUUGCUGCCCAACUGAGGGACAACCUUAAGUGGAUUAGGGAGGCCGAGAAGCACGCAUUGGUCGUCGGCUCCCAGGCGAGGAUUUUGUACGCUGACGCCAAGGGACGCGCCGACAUCGCUUGUGCUUUUAAUCAAGCCAUCAAGGAAGGAAAAUUAAAGGGGGAGGUGGUGAUCAGCAGGGACCACCACGACGUGAGCGGCACGGACAGCCCUUACCGAGAGACCUCCAACAUUUACGACGGCUCGAGCGCGACGGCCGACAUGUCGGUGCACAACUUCGUCGGCGACUCGUUUCGUGGAGCCACAUGGGUCGCGCUGCAUCACGGCGGAGGGGUGGGCUGGGGCGAGGUCAUCAACGGUGGCUUCGGCUUGCUGCUGGACGGCAGCGACGCGGCUGCCGAGAGGGCUAGGCUGUUGCUCACGUUCGACGUCAACAACGGCGUGGCUCGCCGCUGCUGGGCCGGCAAUGACAACGCCAGGCUCGCCAUCAAAAGGGCCACUGCGGCGGACGCUCGACUCAGAAUCACCCUGCCCAACCAAGUUGAGGACGAGAGUGUCCUCGACACACUAGUGCAAUAGGAAACGCUUGAGGAAGUUUGCAGAAAGCCCAGGUAUGUUUUUCAGGUCAUCGAAGCUGGUGUAGUUUCCAUGAAAUUGCCUGGUGAAAAUAAUUAAUCAAAUUCUAGCCACAAUUUAAGAGGGUUGAUAGUAUGUUUACCCAAAAACCACUUUACACACUUCUAAAAUAGACCCCUUUUGAAAUUGAAGAACUUUUUAACCAUCCAAAAAAUAACGACCAUGACGUAGCUAAUUUUUUCUCGCCAAACCAUCAUUUACCAAAUUUUUGUACUCUUUCUAGCAAUUAAUUUUCUUCCCUCAAUAAUAGGGUCGGGGCAUAGCCAGCGUAAUUUAAAACAUGCAUUUUAGGGUAUUUUUAGUCCAAAAAUGUGAAAUUUUCUGACCUUAUAUUAAUAUUUAGUUAUUUUAUUUUCUAAUUAAAAAAACCCUACCAAUCUACUUUUAAGUAAAAAUUAAAAAAAUACCUAUAACUGUAAAUGACGUAGCCGGUUUUUGGUCCUACAGUUGGCAGCUGCUGCAGCACUUUGGUUGUUUCUGUGUUCAAAAGCUCCAGCAUCCUUCUGUUGUGCUUCUCCUGCACCGAGCCAGCAGAUGGACUUUCGUGGAACAAAAUUUCUUCCAAAAUAUCCGGCCCAACGGACUUUCUCUUUUUGCUCUCCUGUUGGAGCUCAGUCGGUGCUGGAACUUCUGAUGCCGGUAUAUUGAGAGUGCUCAGCCGAGUGGAUCUCCUGGGACGUCUCAAUCCUGACAUUCCACCCACUGAGUACCUUGCUCUCUUGGCAGGCACCUCGUCAGCGGCAAAAUCUUCCAAUUUUGGC